AUGGCAGCCUCGCCCGGCGAGGGGUGCAGAGGGCCACCGCGUCGUGGCAAGCCUUGGCUUCGCUGCUCGUGGGCGCGCUUCGAGAACGGCAUCGAUCGGCUCACGCUGAGGUUCCAGGACCCGAUGCAGGAGGAGGGCUACGCGAACACCCACAAGGAGAAGCUGUCCCACUACGUGGCGGUGACGAUGGUCUCCCUAAUCGUUGUCAGCCUCCUGACUGUCCUUGCCCACAGAUUCUGGGACGACGCCCAGUAUCCCACGAAGGAGGCGGUGGAGCUCAGCAGGUGGCAGGCCUUCUUCAUCAUCGGCAGCGUCGUGUGUUUAAACAUUGCCCUCGGCACUGGAAGACUGCUUGCCAGGUACAACAUUGUUGGCACACUGGGCUUGGAGAUCAUCGUGGUGUCUGCAAACACGUGUCUCAUGAUAGUGCUUGGAAUCAUCCCGAAGCACUACAUGGCGCGAGUGUUCGGAUAUCGAGACACUGAGGCCAUAUGGGGCGUUGAUUUGGCUCCCACCGAUGGGAAUUUGGUGUUGUACAUCGACAUGGUCGUCACUUGUCUGCACUGUUUGUUGCCCAUCCGUUGGGUGGUGCUCGUCCCCCUGGAGCUUCUCGCCAUCCUGGCCUACGCCGCGCCCGCGCUGCUGCUCGGCAGCCCCGCCAUGAACAUGGUCCUCUUCAACAUCGUGGGGCUCUUGGCGCUCAUCAUGUUCUCGGCCAUCGGGAAGCGGGCCUUCGAGAGGCAGGAGCGCGCGCUGUUCGCGGGGCUCCUGUCGGAGAAGCAGAUGCGCUUCCAGGCUGAGUUCGAGCUGUCCAAGGUGGACAGCCGCGAUGCCGCGAAGCCCGAGGACCUCGGCUCCGAGGUCUCCGCUCCGAUAUCGCGCCCAGGAACGACCAUGAGCGCGGCCGCCUUCGACGGCGGCGUAGAGCACGCGUCACUGGAUCUGAUCCGCGCCAUCGGUGAGCGGGAGCAGUGGCUCAUUGCAGGUGGCGAAGUGGAGCUCUUGCCCGAUAGGGUCCUCGGUGAGGGUGGCUUUGGCAUCGUGGCGCUGGGCGUCUACCACAAUACCCUUGUGGCGGUGAAGGCGCCGAAGGAGAACAUCGCCAGCACGGGCUUCUCGAAUUCAUCCCUGCCCGCGCUCUGCAACGAGCUGAGGAUUCUUCGCCGCAUCCGUCACCCCAACAUCGCAUUCUUGUACGGGGCAUGCAUGGACAUUGCCUUGAGCAAGCUGUGCUUGGUGCUCGAGUUUGUGGACGGUGUGCCCCUCCGAGCCUUCGUCCACGGCCUGUCCCCGGGCGCCGAGAGGGCCGCGAGUGCGAGCCCCGGAGUUUCGGAUGUGGAUUCGGCCAGCAGCGCUGCCACCAAGACUUCCAUCAUCUUCGACGUGCUGAACGUGCUGCGCUACCUACACUCGAGGGAGCCCGUCGUCGUCCACGGCGACCUGAAGGACUCCAACGUCAUCGUGGAGGAGCGGCGCAGCCGGAGCGGGCGGAGCUCCUACCACGCCAAGCUGCUCGACUUCGGCCUCUCGCGCAUCGUCACCCGCAGGGCCACGCCCCUGGGCGGCACGCUGCGGUGGAUGGCCCCAGAGCUGCUCUCGCGCAAGCCCGUCCCCCCCGACGUGGCCGCCGACUGCUACUCCCUCGGACUGCUGACCUACUACAUCGUGACGGCGCGCUUCCCCUUCGAGGGCCGGCGCGCCGAGGAGGUCCUGCGGCGCCUCCGGCGCGGCCAGCCGCCCCGCCUGGCCUGGCCCGCGCCCGCCGACGACCUCGCGCAGGCCUGCCGCCCCCUGGUGGAGCAGUGCACCCAGCCGAAGCCCGCGCUGCGGCCCGCGGCCCAGCAGGUCAGCGACGAGCUGUCCACGCUGCUGGACUGGGCCGUGGGCGGGGCCAUGGAGGCAGUGGGGCAAGGGGCCUCGCCGGCGCCGUCCGCCGCGGGCUCCCCAGCCAUCGAGGAGCCCCAGGAGUUCAAGGGCGUGCUGGAGCUGAGGCAGGCCGGCAGCUCCAGCGUCAGCUUGCUCGGGUCCGGCGCGGGCUUCCGCAGCCUGCCCUCGGUGCAGGAGCAGGAGGUGCUGUCGGGAGAGGCCCCGGGCGGCGGCGCCGCGGCGCGGACGGCAGCCGGGAGCGCGCCUGGGGAGCCGCUGGCCCACCCGGACUACCAGCCGACGCCGCUGAGCACGCAGACCCUCACGCUGGCUUACCUGAUGAUGCAGUGGAACGUCCCGAAGCCGGCGGGCGCUUGCUGCUGGCUGCACGGCUCCCUGCGCUCUCUGGACAGGGUGCGGAGGAAGCUCGGCCGCAGGGCCUGCAGCGGGCAGCAGGAGGCCAUGCUCUGCGGCCAGUGCGGCACCUGCGGGUUGCUGCUUAUGGACCAGUCCUCUUGCGAUUUCUGCGAUUGCCCAGGCGCCUCGGGCUCGGCUUCGGCCGCUGCAGGCGGCCCCGCGGACUCAGAAGGUGAAGCAUCGAUCUGA